UUUUUUUUGUGUGAAUCCGUUUUAUGUAUUUUUUGUGUGUUAUUUCUACAUUCUCUCUCGUAUUCUCGCCCGAUAAUAUAAUAUAUUUUUCAUAUUCCAAGAUGUUGAAGCGAGCAGUUUAAUAUUGGCAACGCCACCGACAACAAUAUUUCUGGUGUGAUUUAAAUUUUGCUACGUGCAUACUCAUAAAAGAAUACCUUAAAGUUCGAUUAUACACACAAACCGUGUGAAAUACUAUUGAGAAUUAAAAGUAUUAGCAAACAAAAUAAAAGUGUGGCCGCGAACAUUUUGGUCGUUAAGAAUAACCAACAAACACAAAUUAGCAUUUACAAAAUGAUAUUGAAUAUUUCAAUUGGGCUUUUAUUUUAUUUGAUUUCAAUAUGUAAAGCAGCUACAAGUAACGCUAAUGUUGGUGGGAUUAGCUUCCCAGAAGAAGGACACAAAGAUCCAACCAAACAAAAUGCUGCAAAUAAACAGCCUGUUACAAACUUUAGAUGUAAAGAUGGCGAAUUUCUCUAUCCCGGUGAUCAAGAAGAUGAUUGGGUGUGCGAUUGCAGGCCAGGAUAUAUUUACCAUCCCUCGACAAAUAAAUGCUAUGCAGCAUAUACAAAAGGACCCUGUAACGAUCAACAAUUUUUGGUUUUAGAAAGACCCAAUGUGAUUCCUGAAUGUCAAUAUAAUCAAUGCCAAGACAAACAUGUACUUUAUAAGGGUGCUUGUCAUCAACUCAAUACAGCCGGCCCAUGUCCAUCGCAGACGCUUGGAAAUGUCUUGGAGAUCGAUGAAACGUCUUUAAAAAUUGGAUGUUCUUUAGGUGAAACUGAAGCUGAAGUCAAGGCAGCCAAGGAUAGGGAAUUUCUUGCAUCUCGUAUUGAUUUUGAGGACUCUACUACUCCUAAAGAUGGAGUCUUUCCCUAUAAAGCCUGUUUCUACGGCGGAAUACGUCCAUCGACACAUGUCACAUGUCCGAAGACAAAUGAAACAGACGCAUCUUCAAUUAUAAUCAAACCGAAUAUACCUACAACGAUUUAUCCAAAUGUCUAACAUUAAUUUGUUUCACUAAGUUUUUUUUUUAUACGAAUGCAUUCAAUAAAUUGAACAAAAUUAAAAGAAACAAAAAGAAAUGAAUGUUAAACGUUUUCGUCUAUUACAUUUAUUAAUGGUCUGCGCUCAGUCGUCUCCUACCCAAGGAAUAAUUUGUAAUGCAAAUUUAUCCAUUACCAAGCACAAAUUCACGGUCAAAUUUGGACCCGGAUUUGUGUGCAGUUAUUUUUACGGUUGCGAGCACAUUUUUAAUACAUAUA